AUGGUCCUCAAUGGCAGCUGGAAUUCCUGCCUCUCCCUGGGAGUACCCCAGGUGGCUGACUCGGGCAUCCUGCUGUGGUUUGUAUCCACACUUUACUGGAUGGCUGAGGUGGGAAACGCUUCCCAAGUGACCAACUAUGCCGCACGGGCUUCUGAGAACUGCAACGUGUCCUUCGAGGAGAGCAGAGUGUUCCUGGUGGUGGUGUAUAGCGCAGUGUGCACACUGGGCCUUCCAGCCAACUGCCUGACCGCAUGGCUGACGCUGCUGCAGGUGCUACAGGGCAACGUGCUGGCGGUCUACCUAUUCUGCCUGGCGCUGUGCGAGCUGCUGUACGUGGGCACCCUGCCGCUCUGGAUCAUGUACGUCCAGAACCAGCACUGCUGGACUCUGGGCCCGUGGGCCUGCAAGGUGACCGCCUACAUCUUCUUCUGCAACAUCUAUGUCAGCAUCCUCUUCCUCUGCUGUGUCUCCUGUGACCGCUUUGUGGCGGUGGUGUAUGCUCUGGAGAGCCGGGGGCACCGCCGCCAGAAGACCGCUGUGGUCAUAUCUGUGUCCAUCUUUCUCCUGGUCGGGCUGGUUCACUACCCGGUGUUUGAGAUGGAGGACAAGAACACCUGCUUUGAGACACUGCAGAUGGACGCCAGGAUUGCUGGAUACUACUACGCACGCUUUGCCGCCGGCUUCGCCCUGCCCCUCCUUCUCAUCUCCUUCACCAACCAGCGCAUCUUCCUGAGCAUCCGGCGCAGUGUGGGCCUGGACGCUGUCCAGAAGGCCCAGGUGCGACGCUCCGCAGUGGCGGUCGUGCUCAUCUUCCUGCUAUGCUUUGCACCCUACCACCUGGUACUCCUCCUCAAAGCUGCUGCCUUUUCCUACUAUAGAGGGGACCACCAUGAUGUGUGUGCCUUUGAAGCCAGGCUCUACACGGCCUCCACGGUGUUUCUGUGCCUGUCCACAGUGAACAGCGUGGCAGACCCCAUCAUCUAUGUGCUGGCCACAGACCACUCUCGGCAGGAAGUAUCCAGAAUCCACAAGGGGUGGAAAAAGUCUGCAAAGACGGACAUCACCAAGCUCACAUGUUCCAAGGACUCAGGGGAGACAGGAUCACCCACGGCACUCACAGACCACUUCACAUUCCUGCAGCCUGUCCACCCUCAGGACUCACAGCAGGACACGUGGGGCUCAGGGUGUUCCCUUAGCAGGCUGGGCGAGGAGUCCUGCUGA